AUGUCGACAGUAUUUGCAGACGGAUCGUUGUUUUCCAACGUGUUGAUUCUCGGCACCGGGUUUUCCGGCCUCGCCACCUCCAUCAAGCUCAGAACCUCCUGGAAAGAGGCCGACUUCCAUCUCUAUGAUCGAGAUCACUCCUGGGGAGGAACCUGGGCGGCCAACACGUACCCUGGCUGUGGAUCGGACAUUCCUGCCAUCUGGUACUGUCUCACAAGCGACCCCAAGGGCGAUUGGAGCAAGGCCUUCCCUCCCAGAGACGAGAUCUACGACUACAUCCAGAAGCUGGUGGCCAAGUACGAGUUGCGGCACAUGGCGACUUUCCGUACGGAAAUCGAGGGCUGCAAGUGGAAUGCUGACGAGAAGUUGUGGUAUGUGAACGUGCGAUCUCUCGAAACCGGCAAGAAGUGGGUGCACAAGUGUCGCGUCCUGUUCACAUGCAAGGGCGGACUUGUGGAGCCCAACCGCGUGCAGAUUGAGGGUCUGUACACCGACUUUAAGGGUCCUGUGAUGCACACAGCCCGAUGGGACCAUUCUGUCGACUACACCAACAAGAAUGUCGUUGUUAUCGGCAACGGAUGUUCUGCCAUCCAGGUAAUUGCGGCUAUUCAUGACCAGACAAAGACUCUCACCCAGUUUGCUCGAACUCCACAGUGGAUCACUCCUCGUCCCGAGUUUGUGCCCGGACGAAUCACCCGUUUCAUUUUCACCCGGUUCCCGUUUGUGCUCCAUCUUUUGCGCACCAUUGUCUUCUUUGUCAUUGAGGCCGCCUAUCCCAUGUUUAAGAAGGGCUGGUUGGGCACCUUUAUCCGACGAAUUCGAGCCCAUCACGCGACUCAAAAUAUCCGAAAGAAAUCUCCCGAAAAGUACUGGAAGGUCCUUAAGCCCGACUACGAGUUUGCGUGCAAACGACUCAUCUUCGACUGCGGAUACCUGGGGCCUGCACUCAAUAACCCAAACAUGGAGCUGACAUUCGACCGGGUCGUCAAGGUUGAGUCCAACAAGGUGAUCACCAAGGACGGCAACUCUUACCCAGCCGACAUCAUCAUUGAUGCCACGGGCUUUGAUCUUAGUGGAGGCUUUACUAACAUUCCCUUCAUCGGCGAACAUGGAGUCAGCCUGGAAGACUUCUGGGCCAACGGACGAGUUUCUGCCUAUGAGACCGUCCUGGUUCCCAACUUCCCAAACAAUUUCCUCAUCUUUGGACCCAACUCUGCCACCGGACAUAACUCGGUGCUGUUUGCCAUCGAGAACGCCAUCAAGUUCUGCGAGUCCGUGGGUGUCAAGAAGCUCAUUUCGGGUGAAACAGACUACAUUGGAGUGCGAGCCGAGGCCUACGACCGGUGGAUUCAUGAUGUGGAUUCUUCCCAUGCCCAGGGUCUGUUGCAACAGGGAGGCUGCCAGUCAUGGUACCUGGCUGAUAACGGCAGAAACGCCACCACCUACCCCUGGUCUCAGCUGACCGCUUGGCUGCGAGCUCGAUGGAUCGACAAGAACGCCAUUGUGAUUGGUAACGGGGAGAAGAAAACAAAGUAA